UUUUGUGAUGAGGGCCGAGGCAACUACAGCGGCGACGACGACGACGACGGCGACGCGUGCAACGUUUUGGAAACAACUGUGCGCCGCUGCAUUUUGGCUCAAAGUUUUAUAAACUUGGUCGCUGGUCGCUGCAGAGCCAUCCGCAGCAGCCGCAGCAACAGCCGAGAGAUAAAUCAACAAUUGGAAUUUCAGUCUCAAGAUCAACAAAAGGCGAGAGACUCUCGACUCCCUACGCGCCCGACUAUCCGAGACCGAGUUCGAAUCCGAGUCCGAGUCCGAGUCCGAAUCCCCCGAGUUUAUGGCUCCAGUCCGCAAUUGUCAGUGGACGCUUUUGCCUCCAAUGCGACUUCGGCUCUUAGCUUGUUCAUUGCACGCACAUUUUCUCGCUCUUUCUCUGGCUCUUUCUGGCCAUCUCUUGUUUUGGCCUGGUCAGACCCUUCAAUCACUCACAAGCCCCCAACAAACCGAUGA